UAAGACGUCGUGAGCGAAAAUUUCGAUACAAGGUAUCUGUUUAUAAUUGUCAAUUAUUUUUGUCCUCGAAAAAAACAUUUUAAGUCACUGUUCGACUCAAAAUAUUAUAGAAGUGGCAAAUAACUCUUGUCGCAUUGGAUUGUUAGCAGGAUCUUUCGACAUUCAUUUAAUGAAUCACAAUUCACAAUAAUAUAAGAACCUUUAUAUAUAGGUAUCGUUCAAAAUGUAAUCUUCUGUAGGUGCUUGAACAAGUGUUAGUGAAUACUGUGAUACUGUUGAUUGAGGGCAAAAUAUUUGGUUCAACGUUCACGAAUGGAAUGAGAAUCUCCUACAACUUCAGUAUACGUUUUUCAAGGAGUAAACAAUGGAGAGGUCACUGGGCAAGCACAUUUUUGGCAGCGAUAUUCGAAUGAUUCUUUUCCUGUUGAUAUUAGUACUCGCACUUUGGCUAGUCAAACUUUACUGGGAUAGGAGACAAUUCUUCAUUUUGGCGUCACGAAUACCUGGUCCUGAAAAGAUGCCUUUCUUUGGUGUUGUUGUAGACAUUAUUGGAAAACCUAUUGACGAAAUUUUCGAAACAUUUCUCAACUAUUUUCGAAACAGCCCAGAUAUCUUCAAGUUGUGGUUCGGCCAUAUGCUUAUAAUAGGAGUUAGCAAACCUGAACACAUGGAAAUAGUUUUAACAAAUCCCAACACUAUGAAUAAGAGUCAUCUUGUAGACUUCACCAAACCGUAUAUGGGCGAUGGACUUUUCUCUGCUUCUGAGGAUAUUUGGAAGAGGCAUCGUAAACUGAUCAACCCAGUCUUCAAUCAGAAGGCAUUAAAUUCGUUCAUUGCUUGUUUCUCUGAAAAAUGCGAAAUUCUGAUUGGAAUUCUCGGGAAACAUGUGGGUCAGCCGAACUUCAACAUCUACGAGAAGAUGUCAGGUUGCACAUUAGACACAAUAUGCGAAACUGCCAUGGGCCUAAAAGUUGAAGCUCAAAAAAGUUCUAACCCUUAUGGACGAUUAUUAGACAAAUUAAUGGAAUUAAUAACAUAUAGAAUAUUUCACGUUUACUACCACCCAGAGAUAAUUUUCGACAUGAAUCCAAUAGGAAGGGAAUUUCGAGAAGUGACAGACAAACUAAAUGAAUUUUCGCAGAAAAUUAUUGCAGAGCGAAAAACUGAAUUCGAGCAAAAGUUACGAGGAGACUGCAUUGAAGAAGAUGAAAAACAUAUUAAGACAUUCUUAGAUUUGCUACUUGAGAUAUCUCACAAGGGUAUCAAAUUCACAGAUCAAGAAAUGCAAGAUGAGGUGAACACCUUUAUAUCUGCUGGUUCAGAUACCACCGCUGUUGCUCUGUCUUUUUGCUGUAUGACACUAGGAAUGUAUCCCGAAUACCAGCAAAAAGUUUACGAAGAAGCAAUAGAAGUGUUGGGCCAAGACAGAUAUCCAACCAAAGCAGAUAUACCGAAGCUUCAAUUUACAGAAAUGUUUAUAAAGGAAACCUUACGACUCUUUCCGAUUGCACCUUUAUUUCUCAGGGUUGCCUCAGAUGAUUUCAGAAUGGACAAUUUGACCAUACCCAAGGAUAGUAUAAUACUUAUUGGCAUUAUGCAUUUGCACAGAAGCCCGAAAUAUUGGGAAGAUCCGCUAAAAUUCGAUCCAAACAGAUUUCUACCUGAAAAACUAUCUAAGAUGCACCCAUACUCUUAUUUACCAUUCUCAGGGGGACCAAGAAUAUGUUUUGGAUACAGAUAUGCAAUGAUCAUCAUGAAAUUGAUUCUGUCGAAGAUAAUAAGAAAAUUCGAACUCAAGACGGAAUAUAAAAGCAUAGAAGAAAUUCAACUGAAAAUUAAUUUGAUGAUGAGACCAUCUAAUGGAUUCAAAGUUACUCUGCAGCCAAGAGAGUAAAAAAUUUUGUACAAUGUGAUAUCAAUUCAAAAAUUGACAAUAUUAGAUGUAUCGAUCAGUACCUAAGUAAAACAUAUUUAAAAAAUGCAUCCAAUCGGCUUCCUUAUAAUGUAUACAGUAAUAAAUAUAACAAAUUUUCACGUCAUAUCUUCUCAUCUUGCUAGGCACAUAGUUUCAAAGAAUAAAAAUUAUUUCAAAUGUUAAUAAAUAUAAUGGCACAUU